UACACCGUUCUUCCUACGAAUCGGUAUGAAAUUAACUGUACACCGUUCUUCCUACGAAUCGGUAUGAAGAAGACGGUGUUUGUGUGUGUUCUUUCACUGUUCGUCAUUGUUAUUGACAUAGUUGAAAGUGUAUGUCCCUGUGAAACUAAGCAACAGUGUGAGGUCAUUAAGGAUGCUAAGCGAAAGGAGGUUUUUAUAUUCUCGUUGGACAAGAGAGAAGAGAAAUGGAGCCGUUACGAUUGGUCCAAAGUGACCACAGUUGUCAUGGUAGGAUACAUCAAUCUAGAUCUCAUGUGUUUAGCCCACAAACACGGAGCAAGAGCGGUUCUGAUAGCCAACUAUCCAAAGGCUAAUCUAACCAACCCAGAUCAAAGAGACAAAUGGGUGAAAGAUAAUUUAAAUACUGUCCAAAAGAAUUACCUUGAUGGUAUAAACAUCGACUUUGAAGACUUUAUUCCGGAGAACAGAUUGGAUUUGAGAGACGCUUACACCGCGUUAGUGAAUGCUACUUUCCAGGCAUUCAAAAAAGCCAACAGAAAUUACCAGGUAACGGUAGAUGUUGCUUGGAGCCCAGAAGGAGUGGAUCAAAGAUUUUACGACUACCUGAAACUAAGUUAUGUCAGCGAUUUCCUUUUUGUCAUGUCAUAUGAUGAACAAAGUCAAAUCUACGGAGAAUGCAUCGCAGGAGCGAAUUCUGGAUACCAUAGAACAGAAUCGGGUUUCUAUAGAUACUUUGAAUUAAUGGGACCGGAUUUGUCUAAGCUAGUACUAGGAGUGCCGUGGUAUGGUUAUAUUUACCAAUGUGAAAACAUUACAGAGGAUAAUAAAUGUGCAAUAAAACAUGUUCCUUUCCGAGGUGUUGAUUGUAGUGAUGCAGCAGGCUCGGAAAUUAACUAUAGUUACAUUAUGACGUCAUUGCUGCCAAAGUCAUCAACUGGUCGCAUUUGGGAUAAGAAAACCCUUUCUCCGUACUUCAAUUUUGUAAAUAACUCAAUUACUCAUCAAAUAUGGUAUGAUGACCCGGAGAGCCUCGUUUUGAAAUACAAUAUCAGCCACUACUUCGGGUUACGAGGAGUGGGGAUGUGGAACGCUGAUGCUGUAGAUUUCCAGACGGAUCCAGAGGGCGCCAAGAAAAUGUGGGACGCCCUCCCAGCGUAUCGAAAGAUUUCACCCUGAAACACAUACUCAACACGUACAAUAGUUCUAGUUUCAUGUGUUGUAAAUAGUCAUUUUUGUUACAAAUAUAAGCAGCUGUAUUUUAUAAGACUUGUAUAUUUCAUACCGAGUUGUACUACCUGUAUGUACGUAGAGGUUUCGACCACCAUAUUUCAGAGAUAUUGGCAUAUAAACACGUGUAUAUUUAUAAAAUUUAUAAAGUUUUAUUAUAUAUUAAAUGAUCUCAAGGUU